UUAUUCUGCUGCCUCCCGCGCACACACGAGUCUCUAGAAUUAGUGUCUGGUUACUCGCAUAAACCGGGCAGGGCAUCAAAGUGUGUAGUAAAAGAUCGAUGAGGACAAAGCCCAGAAGGCACGCGACCUUUGUCCAAAUCUUGUUGUGCACAUGGGCUACACCGUGUCUGGAUCCUCGUUCACUGCACUUAUCCAAAAGCAGUUAGGCUACUUAAACAUGUAUACCGGGGCUUUCUUUGCGUUUGUACUGUUGUGUGGAGCAGAAACCGGUCGUGCUGGCAAGGUUUUGGUGUUGCCAGGCGAGUACAGUCACUGGCACAACAUGCGUGCGAUCAUCGACGAGCUAGUGGAUCGUAACCACAGCGUGACGGUUCUGGUCAGUUCUUCAUCACCUACUGUACCACACGCGCGGAAGGAGCGCUUCGAUUACAAAGUGUUUCAAGUGAACACGAAGAAAGAAGAGGCCAGUGCCGCGUGGAGCGAGAUCAUUGACCUCUGGAUGAAUGAAACGGCCACCAAAUACGAUAGGGUCUUAAUGUUGUGGAGAGUGAUGUCCAAGUUCAAGACGUACGGCGAUGAAGCCUGCAAGGGCAUGUUUCGCGAGGAUCUUUUACGCACGCUUCGUGAAUCUCAUUACGACGUGCUUCUGUCUGAUCCGAUGAUGCCGUUCCCUGACCUGAUGGCACAGAAGCUGAACAUCCCUCACGUCCUCUCGAUUCGCGCGAUGAUCGCGUAUGAAUUAGAGCGGCUUUGCGGUCAGAUGCCCGCGCCUCCGUCCUACGUCCCUGCUGUCGCUUUGCAUGACCACCUCACCGACCGUAUGAGCUUCACUGAGAGAGUUGAAAACAUGCUUCUCUACAUCCUACAUACGACUAUAUACCAACUGAGCAUUAAGUUUACUUUUGAUCAGCUCUACACUGAAAUAGAGGGAAAGCCCACAACAAUGUGUGAGACUAUAGGUAAAGCAGACAUCUGGUUGAUCAGAACUUACUGGGAUUUUGAGUAUCCACGCCCACUCCUGCCUAAUUUUAAAUUUGUUGGAGGACUUCACUGCAAACCUGCCAAGCCCCUGCCGAAGGAAAUGGAGGAGUUUGUUCAGAGCUCAGGAGAUCACGGCUUCGUUGUGUUCUCAUUGGGUUCGAUGAUCGGCAACCUGACCAUGGAAAGGGCAAACACUAUUGCUUUGGCUCUUAGUCAGAUUCCACAAAAGGUUGUUUGGCGGUAUAGUGGGAAAACACCAGAAACUCUCGCCCCCAAUACAAGAACCUAUGACUGGAUCCCACAGAAUGAUCUGCUUGGUCAUCCAAAAACAAAGGCCUUCAUCACCCAUGGUGGGACAAAUGGACUGUAUGAGGCUAUUUAUCAUGGUGUCCCAAUGGUGGGUUUACCACUUUGGGGUGACCAGCCCAGUAACCUAAUGAACAUGAAAACCAAAGGAGCUGCUGUUGUUCUUGAUUUCUACACAAUGGAAUCCCAAGACUUAGUGGGUGCUCUCAAGACUGUCUUAAAUAAUCCAUUAUACAAGGAGAGCAUCAUGAGACUGUCCAGAAUCCAUCAUGAUCAGCCAAUGAAGCCUCUGGACCAGGCGGUUUACUGGAUCGAGUUUGUGAUGCGAAAUAAAGGAGCUAAACAUCUCCGAGUUCAGGCACAUAAUCUGAGCUGGUAUCAGUACCACUGCCUGGAUGUAGUGGCCUUCUUACUCUCACUUGUUGCACUGAUCACAUUCCUCUUCAUGAAAUCAUGCUGUUUCCUUUUCUGUAAAUGUUUCAGAAAGACUUGUCCUGAUGGCAGAGCACAAAAGAGUAAAAAAGAAUUGACAAUGAUUUUCGGAACUUUGCUUGCGUUUGUACUGUUGUGUGGAGCAGAAACCGGUCGUGCUGGCAAGGUUUUGGUGUUGCCAGGCGAGUACAGUCACUGGCACAACAUGCGUGCGAUCAUCGACGAGCUAGUGGAUCGUGACCACAGCAUGACGGUUCUGGUCAGUUCUUCAUCACCUACUGUACCACACGCGCGGAAGGAGCGCUUCGAUUACAAAGUGUUUCAAGUGAACAUGAAGAAAGAAGAGGCAAAUGCUGUGCUGAGAGAUAUGAUUCAUCUCGGGACGAAUGACACAGCCGCCAAAUACAAGGGGGACUUUAUGGUCUGGCGAGUGAUUUCCAACUAUAUGACGUUUCUUGCCGAUAUAGCCAAGGGCAUGUUUCGCGAGGAUCUUUUACGCACGCUUCGUGAAUCUCAUUACGACGUGCUUCUGUCUGAUCCGAUGAUGCCGUUCCCUGACCUGAUGGCACAGAAGCUGAACAUCCCUCACGUCCUCUCGAUUCGCGCGACGUUCGCGUAUACAUUAGAGCGGCUUUGCGGUCAGAUGCCCGCGCCUCCGUCCUACGUCCCUGCUGUCGCUUUGCGAGAUUACCUCACCGACCGUAUGAGCUUCACAGAGAGAGUUGAAAACAUGCUUCUCUACAUCCUACAUACGACUAUAUUUCCAUUGAGCAUGACGUUUACUUUAGAUCAGCUCUACACUGAAAUAUUGGGAAAACCCACAACCGCAUGUGAAACCAUUGGAAAAACUGAUAUUGUGUUGAUCAGAACUUACUGGGAUUUUGAGUAUCCACGCCCACUGCUGCCUAAUUUUAAAUUUGUUGGAGGACUUCACUGCAAACCUGCCAAGCCCCUGUCAGAGGAAAUGGAGGAGUUUGUUCAGAGCUCAGGAGAUCACGGCUUCGUUGUGUUCUCAUUGGGUUCGAUGCUUGGCAACCUGACCAUGGAAAGGGCAAACACUGUUGCUUCUGCUCUUGGCCAGAUCCCACAAAAGGUUGUUUGGCGUUAUCAUGGGAAAACACCAGAAACUCUCGCCCCCAAUACAAGAAUCUAUGACUGGAUCCCACAGAAUGAUCUGCUUGGUCAUCCAAAAACAAAGGCCUUCAUCACCCAUGGUGGGACAAAUGGACUGUAUGAGGCUAUUUAUCAUGGUGUCCCAAUGGUGGGUUUACCACUUUGGGGUGACCAGCCUGAUAACCUAAUGCACAUGAAAACCAAAGGAGCUGCUGUUGUUCUUGAUAUCGGCACAAUGCAGUCCAAAGACAUGGUGGAUGCUCUCAAGACUGUCAUAAAUAUUCCAUCGUUCAAGGAGAGCAUCAUGAGACUGUCCAGAAUCCAUCAUGAUCAGCCAAUGAAGCCUCUGGACCAGGCGGUUUACUGGAUCGAGUUUGUGAUGCGGCAUAAAGGAGCUAAACAUCUCCGAGUUCAGGCACAUAAUCUGAGCUGGUAUCAGUACCACUGCCUGGAUGUAGUGGCCUUCUUACUCUCACUUGUUGCACUGAUCACAUUCCUCUUCAUGAAAUCAUGCUGUUUCCUUUUCUGUAAAUGUUUCAGAAAGACCUGUCCUGAUGGCAGAGCACAAAAGAGUAAAAAAGAGUGAAUGUGAAGUGGGUUGCCAUUGCUUCAGUUGACUGUGGUACUUGUCAUUAUCACUUGUAAGAUGGCCAGUGUGUGUGUUUUGAGUACAUUCCGAACUGUAUGUCCUUGAUGAAGUACAUGUGAAUGUAAAAUAAAAUAGAAAAGUCACUCAGGGUAAAAAUA